AUGAUCUUCGGCAAGUUUCCAGACCCCAUCUGCAAGCGCUUCGGCGGAUGCAUCGAGCCCAUUGACGACCCCAUAGACCCCAUUGACCCUGUUAUCCGCCCAUGCAUCCCGCCACGUCAGCCGUGCCCUCUGAUGCUCGAGGACAGCUCAGCAGACACUGUGCAGCGCCGAUUUGGGUGCUGGGGACCACAUAUUUACUGCAACGGGAGCUGCUGCCUCGGAAACUCACCGCGUUGCUGCGGCGGAAAAUGCUGCCUGGGAGGAGAGUCCAUAGGGCUCACCUGCUGCCUGCCAUCUCCCACCAGCAAUCCCACCACUGCUGGCACCUGCUGCAGCACCCGCACCAGCUACUGCUGCGGUGGCACCUGCUGCAAGCACGGCACCACCUGCUGCAACGGCAAAUGCUGCGACGCCGGAUCCACUUGCUGCAAUGGCAAGUGCUGCCCGGGCGGCGUGAAAUGCUGCGGCGGGCAGUGCGGCUGCCCGGAAAAAUCCUCCUGCUGCGGCGGAAGCGUGUGCUGCAACGAUGAGUUAAAGCCGCAGUGCUGCAGCAUCCCCGGCGUGAGAGGCGGGGAGUGCUGCCCUGGGAUUGACUAUAACGGGGAGGCGACUGGUAGUUACUGCUGUGGCCGGCAGUGCUGCCAGGGGUCGGAUACUGAACCCCCCCGCUGCUGCUACUCGCCUAGGACUGGCCCGCGCUGCUGCAAGCGUCCCAUCGGGAUUCCCAUUGAUAUCCCCAUUGGUCUGCCGAUUGACCCGUAG